CCCUUCCCCCUCCCUCCCCCCCUCCUCCCCCCGACGAGUGCCGAGGAAGAAAGUGUCGAGCGGAAUUUUCGAGCGGAAGGGUGAAAAGAAUGGUGAAUAUGGAGGGAUCGGGCGAGCAACAAACUGUGACAGCUUCGCCACCACCUCGAGUUCCUCUCAAGAGCAGUUUCAGUAUCCGCAGCAUUUUGCCGGAGGCAUGCGCGGGUACACCGGCGCCGGCGGUCACCCGGCCAUCAUCCCCCGAGAUAAGCCACGUCGACGAGAGCGAGGAUUCGAGCGAUCUCGACGUGACAGGGGACGGCGGUGCCGAGACGCCGCCAUUGGAUUGCUCGAGGAACGCGGCCACCACGGUCAACUCGUCCGAGCAAAAGGAUUCCAAGGAUCGGCAGUCGGACGACAAGAAGAAAUGCGAGAAACCACCGUAUAGUUACAACGCGUUGAUCAUGAUGGCGAUUCGUCAGAGCCCGGAGAAAAGACUCACGUUGAACGGUAUCUACGAGUACAUAAUGCGCCAUUUCCCUUAUUACGAGAACAACAAGCAAGGAUGGCAAAAUUCCAUCCGACACAACUUAUCGUUGAACAAGUGUUUCGUCAAAGUGCCCCGCCAUUACGACGACCCCGGCAAAGGGAACUAUUGGAUGCUGGAUCCGAGUUCCGAGGACGUGUUCAUCGGUGGGACGACGGGCAAACUUCGGCGGAGGACGACCGCCGCGUCGAGGUCGCGAUUGGCGGCGUUCAAGAGGAGCGUGGUCCUCGGUGGAUUGUACCCAUCGGCGUACGCGCCACCGGGAUGGCCGGCGUCCCUCUACACCCUCCCUUACUUGCAUCGAGCCGCCGCCGCCUAUCCACCGGCAACCGGCGCCUACUCCACCCCUGCCGGUUAUCCGGCGAGCUUGUUGCCCGGCGCUGCGACGAGUUCGAGCACCAGUUUGCCCUGCAAACCGCAACCACUGCCCGCCACCGCCGCACCCCCUCAACACGGCCCGUUCUCCAUGGAGAGGUUGCUCCAGCCACCGACAGCCGCCGGGUAUCCGGCCGGGAUCGCCGCUUCCGGUAUCCCCGUGUCGGGCACACCCUACGACUUCUACUCCACUCUGAGGUCGCUGGCUGCCCACCAGCACCAGAGCACCGCGGCGGUGUUCGCGCACAACCAACAGCAAUCCGCCAGAUACCACGUGAAUCAACCACCGCUGUUGAGCCAACCGACCUCGGCCACCGCGUCCCCGGGAAGCAGCCCGGAACCCAUGUCGCCCCAUUCGCCACCGGUCACCAUUUGCAACUCGGUCGGGGUGCAGCAACCGAGGUCCCUGCCGCACAGUCCUCCCCAGUUGCUGUUGAAACCGAUCACCGUACUCACCGGCAGGCAGAGCUGAACGUCGUCCACGAUUUAGGCGACAGAUCGCCAAGGUAUCCGGACUUCGUGUCGCCAUCGGCGACCAUUCGCAAUCGAGGCAGGCCUCCUUUGAAUCUGAUUGUUGCAAGUCGAUACUCGUGGUUGGAAACCGGAGUUGUACCAUGUCGAUGAUUUAGGCUGAUCGAUUCGCCACGCCGGAGAGAAUGGCCAGAGUUUGUGGACACCGUAUUGGCCGAGUAUCAUUUUAUCAUCAAGAGGAUAAUUUUCUCGAUGGCUGUUGAGAUCGAACGCUGUGCUCUACACGGAUAGAUAGAAUCGAACAAGGUGAUAUUCGAAACGAAUGGUUUAUCGGACUGUUGCUCUCGUGGGACAAUUGAAAUGCGCGAGAAAAGAGUGGUAAAG